AAAAUUUCGCUAACCCAUCGCGGGAACGUCGACAGCGGCAGUGUGUACAAAAGUUAUCCAACUUAUUAGACAGUUUGAUCAGACUGUUUCGGCUUAGCAUGUCCGAACAAAAACUGGACGAAGUAGAUGGAGAAUGUCCAGUUUCAAGUGAAGACUGUAGAAAGAGACUGAAUCUCUUAAAACAUCCAGACCUUGAAAAGUCACUGACUGACUCGGGUAUGGAUGAUGGCAGUAACUCUGGCAGUCUUGAUACAGGGAUAUCUGGUGAAAACAGUGAUGAUGACGAUGAUGUUGUCUUGAGAAAACCAAAGAAGACGAUGCACAGAAUUCUUGAUGAUGAUAGUGACAUGUCACAAGAUGUCACAGAUUUAUCUAGGGAUGUCACAGACAAGCAAGUAAAGGUGGCAAAUGUUGAAUCAGCUUCAAGCCAAGAAGAAAAUUUGCAAGUAAAUCCAAGAUUUGACCUGUCCAAGGAAGUGAUAGAUCUUAGAGAGAAAAGGAAACAGGAGUUUACCCCAGAACAAGCUCUAGAUGUGAUCUUGCAAGAUUCUUCUGAUGACAGUGAUGAGGACGAUAAUGAUGACACACCCAGCAAGAAGAAAAGAAUUAAACGACCAGUUGUGGAUUCCAGUUCUGACGAAGACGACAAUGUUACCUUGAUGGACACCAUUAAGAAACAUUCUUCUAAGACUGGGACGGAUGAUCUCUUUGACAGUGAAGAAACCAAACAGAAACAUGGUGAUGACUCAGACAGUGAUGAUGAGAAAAGUUCGCCAAGAAAAAUUCCAGACAACUUAUUUACUGAAGAUAAACACAGCGACAGUGAUAGCUCAGGUUGUAGGUCAUCGGGGUCAGAGGUGGAGAAAUCAGAUCAUGAAAAUGGUGACGAGGGAUUUGAUGAAUCAUCGAUUGACCCUAAACUACUGGCGAAACUGAAAAAGGGAGCAGGAAAAAAGCCAAAGAAGAAGACAAAGAGAGAUGAGUUACAAUCAAUACAUAGUGAAUCUCAGAGAAUUGUUAGAGAGGCAAGAGUUAAUCUACCAUAUCAUCAGCCAGCACCAAAGUCACUCAAUGAUUUCUUGGCUAGAGCCAACAGGAAACAACAUGAGUACAAAGUUCUUAAAGGAUUCAGGGAUACUACGAAAGCCAAUUUGAUGCAAGAUAUAUUACAGAAUGUAAGAAUUCAGACUAAAUCUAAAACUCAGGAAGAGCUCGACAAAUACAGUGAUUCUGAUGAAGAUUGGAAUCCAGAUGAGGAAGAAGACAAAAAACUUAAAGACAGAAUAGAUGAGCGAAUGAGAAAUAAAUCAGGGGUUGGAAUGCCUCUAGGUGAAAUUAAACUUGACAAUGCUGGUAAUGAAAACAGCAAUCAGAGUAGUGUCAUUGUAGCAGAGGUUGAUGAGAUGGACGUUGACGAUGAAGAUGAGUUACCUGAUAUUUGUGAUACUACAGUAAAAAGUGAUAAAGAAUCUAAUAGAUCUAAUACUGCUACCACAAGUGUUCCUUGUAAUUCAACCGUAAGUAUUCCAGACAAUAUCAAUGAAGAUUCUGAGCAAGGAUAUGAACUCUUGGUGGAAACUGUGAAAGUUGAUAGUAGUAAUACAGAAGCUGAAAGUAGUGUUCAAACAAAACCAGAAUGUGUUCAAACAAACCCAGAAUGCGUUCAAGACAAUUCUCAGGCAACGUGUUCUAAAGAUAUUGAUAAAGAUAGUGUUCCUUCUGAAAGUGUUGCUAGUGUGUUAAAUAAUGAUACUCCAGAUGAUUUGUUGUUUGAUUGGGAGAAAAAUGAUUGUGAAAACUCAGGGAAAAUUCAGGCAGUUGAUAAUGAGUGUACUGAAUCACGCGGAAGCGAUUUGUUCAAGUUAGAUGACAAUAAAGAAAACAUUGACCCUAACGGAAGACCUAUUGAAGCAGCAAAAUCUAGUGAAGUUCUUACACCUAGUCAUAAGGAUAAUAAGAAGUCUAGUCCGAGAAGCAGUGCUAAGAAAAAGAAGAACAAAAUAGCUGCUCUGGCUGGAAUAGAUCUAGACAAUGUUAGACCAUGCCUGAGUGGUAACGAUGAAACAUUUAUAACAUUGGAAGAAGGUGAGGAGGCACCUAAACACCCUGGGGUACAAAAAUUGAUGGAUAGAUUAACAAAACAUUCAGUAAAAACUGAAAAGAAGCAUCAUAAGGACACUGAUAUUAGCAUAAUCUCUAAGGAUGUUGUUGGUAUUGACAAAGAAGAACUCAAGUUUAAUACAUUUACAUACCAUGGUGAAGAUGAGGAAGCCAAUCCAUUGAUGAAAUAUGAAGCUCCAGGUGCCAAACUGGUAGCUUUAAAGGAACAGUUGAAGGAGAAGAUGAAAGCUAGGCGAGAGAUAGCGAGGCAGAAACGUCAGGAGGUGUACGAUCUUGACAACGAGGAGGGAGGUUAUGAUGCCGAAGAAGAGGCAGAAAUGUCGGAACAUUCUGACACUGAUGUUGAAGAUGAGGAUGACUUUGAGGAACAGUUUGGGGAUGAUGAAGAACUAAUAGAAGAGAAAGAAAAAGAGAAGAAUCCAUUUGCUGAUGAUGAAGCUGAUGAGGAUGGUGAGGAUGAUGAUGAAGAAGAGGGAGAUGUUGCUGACGAGUUCGAAGAAGAGGAGGAGUAUAGUCUGAAACUAGAUGUGACCGACGAUGAACAAUCUGAAGGUGAUGAAGAUGACAACGAGGAUAAAAGUAAGUCUGGAGAUGAAGAACCUAAAGAGAAACCAGCAGAUUUUAAAGAGCCAGAAGAACCAGAUGUUUUGGAGAAGCCUUUUAGUCUAUUUGGUCGUAAAAGUAGAGGAAAUAGUAUUAGUGAUACACAGUUCCCAAGCGGGCAGACAAAGACAUCAACAUUAACUAUGCCAAUAGAAGACUCACAGGACCUGUAUAACUCCUUACUACCAGAGAUAACACAGAGAGACAAACCAAAGCGAAAGUCGCAAGACUUCAGCUUUAUGCUAGAGGAUUCACAGUCGAACAUGUUAGAUGCAGAUGGGUACAUCAAAACCAAGUCAACAGGGAAGAAGAAGAUGAUUACAGACCUUGAAUCAGAUGACAUUCCAGCUUCACAAAAUGACAUGAGUGAAUUACUAGGGCUGUGUUCUGGCAGAUUUAUGGACAGUCAAAAGGGAGGAGAUGAUAAGACAUCAAGAAAAAGUCUCUUUGAUGACAAUUCAGUGUCAAAUACUCAAGGAAAUAUGGAGGAACUUAUGGGACUCUGUUCUGGUGUCUUUGCAGAUAAGUCAGGUACACAGUCUGGUAAGAAGGGCACAAAGAGACCAGCAUCUGAUGUAGAAAGUGAUGAUGAUUCUAUAACAGCAUUCUCCGAUAAUGAGGAUAAACAAUUUGAUAAGGAUGAAGGAAGUGAUAUUGAAGGUGAAGAUAAUGAAGAAGAAGGUGAUACUGAUCAUUUAGACAGUGAGGAAGAAGAAGCGGAGAAACCAACAAAAUUUACUGGGUUUACUGUCAAAAAUAAACAUGGAAAAAUACGACAAGAGUUUGUUGAUGAGGAAGCAGAAUUAUCAGGUAGUGAAUAUGAUAGUGAUGAGAAUCUGGACCUGGCAGAGGAAGAUGAUAUAAUGGAGAUGGAAGAGGGUGAUAAAGAUGCAGCUAAAAUUGAUCAAAAUGAACUGAGGGAUGAAGUGGGACGAAUCCAUUUGAAACAACUGAUAGAUGAAGAUAAGAGGGAGUUAUUGAGGUAUCAAGAAAUGUAUCUCCCAGACGGAGAUUUGUAUUCUGAGGGUGGUGGCAGGGUUAGACGAUUCAAGUGGAGUAACAUGGAAGAUGACUCCCAGCAGGACAUGUUUGAUGAUGGUAGUGAUGGUGAGGAACAUCCGGAAGAGACUGAAGAUUAUACCUGGAGAAAAGAGAGAUAUGAGAGAGAACAGUUCCUUAAAGAACAACAGGAAAAGGAAGCACAAGAAGGUGAAAACAGCCAAUUCCUGAAGCUUGGAAAAGUUUUCCUCAAGAAAAAAGGUUCAGUAGAUACCAGCAGCUCUGACAAGGGAAGUAAAUCUACAGAAUCAUCAGGGGCAGAAACUCCAGGUUUCCCAGGAUCCUUUUACAAACUACCUCAACAGAAGAGAGGCUCAUUCUUGGCCAGAAGUAAAGAGGCCCUGGCUAAGAUAGCUGAGAUGACAAAACCUGUAGUAAACCCAUCAGCUGGUGCAAAAAGCUCCGGAAAGUUUACCUUCAAUGUUAUAUCCCCAGAUAAAGAAAAGGAGGCACAGCUCCAGGGUAACGGCAAGCAGAGAAAAGCCCAUGUUCCCAAAGCAGCUGUAAAGGAAACCCGGCCGAAACAACCACCUGCCAAGAAACCAAAGCUCGACUCCCAGAGCUCAUUUACAGAAAACAGUAUCUUUAACCUGUUUUAAAACAUGACAGUGUCAUCUCGGCUCAUUUAUAUAUAAAACCGGUUUCUAUUUUAAAUAGAAUGUAUAUUUUUGUAAAUUAUUAUUUUGUAAAUGGUCAGCUUUUUAUUGAUUAUGUAUACUGUAAAUCUAAGUAUGUUUAGAUCUGUACUGUUUGAAUCAUGUUUUUAUAUUGUGGAUUUUAACAUACUUUUGUAUAUAUGAAUUUUUGUUAGUUUGAAAUAUAUGUUAUACUAUGUUUUGAAUGUAUUGUGCUAAAUGUAUGUCUAUAAUUUGUAUACAUAUACUUUUAGAUGAUUGAAAUGGUGUAUUAAAUGUUGAGUUUGAAUUCACAUACUUUUAGUGAUUUGUUCCAGCUAUUACGGAAUUAUAGCAAAAACAUGUCAUUCUCAAGCACCAAUUUUGUAUUCAGUUAUUCAGUAAAUUAUAGAUAAGAAUGUAUAAUAAUAAAUUUUCAGCUAUCACAUGAAUAAAAAUAUAAAAUUGACAAGAUUUUCUGUUACACUGUACCAGAAAUAGACAUUUGGAUUUGAUCUUUCAAGUAAUAUGAUUGCUCAGCUUGUUGGAAUAAACUUACAUGUUUUUUAACUAAAAUAAGAUGAACUGUAGUGCUAUAAUGUGUCAUAAUAUAAAUGACAGCAAAUGUACCCAAAAAAAACUCACUUUAUCAACUCCCUUUUUAUGAGCUAUUUAUUUUCUAUAUCAAGAUUUUUUCCACAAUCAUUACUUUCUUCAUUAUGUAUUAUAUGAAUAACUUGUAUGUGUUUUUACCUAAAGAUGAACAAAUACCAUUAAUACUGUUAAACAAGCGAAUGUUGGUAGUUAUUAGCAAACCAUUGGGCAUUAUUUGAAUUCAAAAUAACGUUUAUGUAAUAUUAGUUAAAAUUACUGCACAAUGUAGUACAUGUAGUAGGCAUGAAAUAGAGAAGUGUAAAUUGUUAGUUUUUGGAUUGAAUUUGCAGAAUCAAGUCUAAAUUAAUUGUAAGGAUCAAAUAUUCUUUAUUUAAUCUAGUAAAACUUUUGGUAGUAUGAAAGAAUUUAAUGUUGUACCCUUUAUGUAACAAUGUAGUUUGUUGGAAGUUGUUUUUUCAAAUUAUUUUUUUUAACUGUAGCAAAUGCAUUACAUUUGUCAAUAUAUUAAUAUAUAUUUAUACAUAAAAUCAUUUUGUCUUGAAUUAAAUUCAUAUAACCUGA